AUGGCAACCACCACCACCGAAGCGCCAGUCCAGGUGUCUCCAGCCGAGGUAUCUCACCCUCCUCAGACAGGCAUCUUCAAACACAUCUCCAAAGCGAUCCCCUAUUUUCGCAAUCCUCGCCAUGUCUUAAUUCUCAAACUCGACUGCCUUCUUCUCACAUGGACGUUCAUCGCUGGUAUUAUGAAAGAGAUGGAUCAAUCGGCUACAACGCAGGCUUACGUUUCUGGUAUGAGAGAGGCGUUGGGAUUAUAUGGAAAUGAGUUGGUUAUGUUUAAUACCUUUUUCUCGAUCGGAUAUGCUAUUGGACUUGUUCCUGGCCAGUUGGCUCAGACGAGGGUUCGACCGUCUCUUUUUCUACCGACUUGUGAGAUUAUCUGGGGACUUUUCGUCUUGGUGACAUGCCAAGCCAAAAAUGCAACAACAAUCUACGCCCUCCGCUUCUUCCUCGGCCUUUUCUCCGCCGUCUUCUGGCCCUCAGUCGUCUCCCUAAUCUUCAACUGGUACACCCCCAAAGAACUCGCGCUCCGAAUCGCCUGCUUCAAUGUCUCCGACGUAGCAGGCGCCAUGUUUCUCGGUGCCCUCCAAGCAGCGCUGUAUAAGAAUCUUAACGGCGCUCACGGCAUAGCUGGUUGGCAGUGGCUGUUUAUCGUCUCUGGCAUCAUCACUAUCGCGCAAGGCAUUGUGGGAUUCUUUGUCAUUCCUGAUACACCUGCCUACACGAGGGCGAAGUGGUUGACUGAGGCAGAGAAGGAAUUGUCGAGGGAGCGUAUGGGCGAUUUUGGAGCCAAGACUUCAAAGUUGAUUCCUGCGGAUGUGUUGAAGAGCAAAUUGAGGAAGUUGAUUACGCAUCCUGUUACCUUCUUCUUCCUUGCUGCGUUCGCAAUGAAUGCGUGGGCGCAUCGAGCGAAUUCUUACUUCGUUCUUUAUAUCGAAAGUCUGAAGGAUAGUGCUGGGAACAGGAUGUACAGUACAUACCAGGUCAACAUCCUCCCACUGGGCGGCUACGCGAUGCAAAUCUGCACCAACCUAAUCCUGAACGGAUUAUCAGACUGGAAACACUGGCGAUGGCAGAUCAGUUGCGGUUGCGCCACGAUGCUCGGUAUAAUGCUAAGUGUGCUCUGCGCCUGGCCGUCCGACCAUAAGAUCGUUAUGGGAUUUUAUUUCAUGACAUACGCCGUCAACGCAGGAAGUCCAGCACUGAUGGCAUGGUUCGCCGAACUAAUGCGCAAAGAGCCCGAAGCCAGAGCUAUUGUGGUUGCGCUGACGGUCAUGAUCGUUUAUGUUGGGCAUGCGACUAUUCCUCUUCGUGCUUUUAGGGUUGCGGAUGCGCCGGAGUAUCCUAUUGGAUUUCCGCUUACGACUGCGUUUUCGUUUGGGUCUGUUUUUGUACAACUGGGCAUGCUUUGGUGGUCGAGACGGAAUCAGGGAUUGCAGAAUGGUGGAUAUGAUCGCACUGAGGUUAGGGAGGAUGAGGAGAGUGCGAGUGUUGAGUGUGAUGGAGUCAGUGUUGGGGAGACGAAGGAAAAGACUACAAGUCCUGUCAUCUCCAAAGUUGAUGGAUGA